AUGCGAGCUGCGCCGUCGAAAGCGCUGAGGUCGGGAAAGAAGGCGCGGGAUGAAGUCGCAGUCAUGACUGCAGAUGAGCAGAACUUGCAGCAUCCCGUGCAGGUGCCUGCCGCUUCAAGGACGUCUGAGGCAGCACCUGAAGGUAACGGCGAAGCCCUGCCAUCGGAGCCACAAGUGGAGCCCGCGGCUGCGGCGGAUGAGCGAGCCGAAGGACCAGGCGACGUUCCCCAUCCCAUCACCCCUUCAGGGCCGCUUGCAGAGGAAGGUGCUGUCGUCACAGCCACGGAGCCGGAACCGGUUGCGGAUCCACCUGAGACCACAGAUGCAAGCCGAGAGCAGGAGGGCUCUCCUGAGCAACUCCGGCCUGCAGAGGAGUUAGAGCCACAGGAGAUAGAAGUUCCGCGCGAGCCACAAGUGCCACAGGAACCUCUGGAAGCUGUGAGCACAGCUGAGGAGACGGCGCCGCCUCCACCUGCAACUGCAGAGCCACACGAGCCACACGAGCCGCCAGAGCCGCCAGAGCCGCCAGAGGCCCCUGCCGCUGCCGCAGCUCCACGAGAGACCACGGGGGAGGCCGAGGGGACAGAGGGGGCCGAGUCUUCGAAGGCUCAGGAGCUGCCGUUUCUUCCCAGCGAUGCGGCCGAAGCCGGGAAGAAGGCCCUCGCGCCCCACUGGUCGCAGCGAGGUGGGAAGUGGCAGACGCGGGGGUCGAGGCUCAGCAGUGACGAGGAGGGUGAGCUCGAUGAUGACGAGGAGGCACAGCGCCGGAAGAUCGAACGGGCGCAGCGCGCAGCAGAGCGGCGUGCCAAAUCCGGCAAAUUGAAGGACGCCGUGGCGCGAUUCCAGUCGGAUGAGGAGAGCCAGGGCCCAGCAGGACCCCGGCUUUCGCCCCGUAGUGCGACGCUCUUUCGCCUGGCCGGGGAGCUCCAGACGGCGCCGGCCUCCGACGCGGCCACGCUGCUCGGGAUCCUCCAGGAGCUGGAGCGCCUGCCGGCCACUGUCGAGCUCCUGAG